UUAUGUCUGGUCAGGGUCGCUCGAUGCCGGGUCGGGUGCCAUGGCAAACAUGGGACUGCAUAUGGGCAUGGCGGGCUUGCUGCCUUCUCAGCAUCCCAUGAUGGGGGCACCGAGCGCAGGCCCAGCGGGCCACCUGCCGCCAACCGCGGGGCUGACGCCACAGCAGCAACAAACAAGCUGUUCUCCGCCGCAACCCACGGGCCGGGAGCAUCCGCACUGUCGCCCCAGGCCAGGGGCCACCUCUCCUGCCCUCCCGCCCCCUCCCUGGCCCACCACGUGCCUACAUGCACGAUCUCGCCAUCGCCGUCUGUGGACAUCGACGUGACGCAACUUCCGGCCACCUGGAUGCCCGCCACGCCGGAGGAGGAGCUGGCGGAGAUGAGCCAGACCGCGGAGUUCGUGCAGUUGGAGCCCACGCAGUUCAUCGCCAUGCACGCGCGGCGCGUCAAACGGCUGAUGGAGUGCUUCGACGAUGGGUGCGGGGUGUCAGCCACCACGGCGGCGCAGAAGUCCAUCGCUCCUCCUGUACGGGUGGCGGGUACCAACAAUAGGCACCCGGCGUGGGCAUCGGCGCUGUUUUUCCAGAAAGUGGCUCGACCUGGGACUGGGCAUCGCAGAGCAGGUGCGCCACCCGACCAACGGCCGGGUGUACUGGCGUUUCAAGCGCAAACCGGUGACGGAGCUGACUGAGAAGAACUUAUCAGC